AUAAACAGUAUUUAAUAUUAUAGUAACCGAAGAAAUUGAAAGUAAUAAUAUCGAAAAUUGCCUAUUUAGUAACAUUGAAACAUAAAUUAAUUUUCUUAAUUGAAGUGCUCAAUUUUCGGUGUAUAAAAAACUGGAUUCUGAUUCACCUAUUUAUUGAUAAUAAUUCAAACUUUCUGACCAAAAUUUUUCUUCCUUCUGCAGCCGGAUGAGCUUGCCAAGUCGGUGAAGCUGACAUCUCGAGAGAGGCGGUUCAUCAAGUUUGCGAGCGUCGAGUAUGGAGGACAGCUGUACAUGACGCCACAGGACUUCUUGGAGUCUGUGGUGGAACAGGAGCCUAGACCUCGGCUAAAACGUCGUGUGCUGACCACGAAGGAGAUAGAACAUCUGCGCGACAACACGCCGGCCCUCAAGAAGGGGUCCUCGCAGAUGUUCCGCAACAUGAGGGACAAAGGAAUCAUCUCUUACACCGAGUAUCUGUUCCUACUCUCAAUUCUGACGAAGCCGGCUUCAGGUUUCCGCAUCGCGUUCAAUAUGUUCGAUACGGACGGUAACCAGCGGGUUGAUAAAAACGAGUUCUUAGUCAUCCAACGCCUGCUGGGUGGUACAUUUAAGGAGCGUAAAAAUUUGGACCCGAAGAGCCAAGAGGCACUGCUUACCUUAGUGUCGACAAGCGCAAUGAAGAACAGGGCCAGUCAUGAAGUCCCGAGUUCGUCCACCAUGGAGAAGAUCUUCAGUUUCGCGUGGCGUGGCAAGAGAGGGAUGACGGAUGAAGAAAAUAAGAACGAAGCGCCAGUGGAUGACAAAGCGGAUGUUAAAGCGGAUGGUAAAGGGGAUGGUAAAGCGCAUGAAAACUACGUGAAUGAUGAUCAGGGACUGCAGAGGAGGCACAAUGUUGAUACUUUUCUGCAGGUGCAUUUCUUCGGCAAGAAAGGUACGAACGACCUGAAGUUCGAGGGUUUCAGACAGUUCAUGGAGAACCUGCAGACCGAGGUGCUGGAGCUGGAAUUCCAUGAGUUUGCUAAAGGUCACGAGACGAUAUCCGAGGUGGACUUCGCGAAGAUCCUCCUUCGCUACACCUACCUGGACACGGACGAGUAUGACAUGUAUCUGGAUCGUCUGCUGGACCGAGUCAAGUAUGAGCACGGCAUCACCUUCGAGGAGUUCAAGACCUUCUGCCAGUUCCUAAACAAUCUGGAGGACUUUACUAUAGCUAUGAGAAUGUAUACCCUCGCUGAUCAUCCGAUUUCUAAAGACGAGUUCCACCGCGCCGUAAAGAUCUGCACGGGAAUAUCUCAGUCGGAACACCUGGUUACAACUGUGUUUGCGAUAUUCGACGCUGAUGGAGACGGCCUGCUCAGCUACAAGGAGUUCAUCGCCAUCAUGAAGGAUCGACUCCAUAGAGGAUUCAAGUCAUAUGCCAAGAACGAAGGUUGGGAGGCGUUCAAAUCUUGUGUCAAACAAGAAAUGAAGAGUGCGGUGUAA